AUGUCUAAUGGGAACCUCUUUGACGAUAUAGAAGAAGACAACAACCCCUCUUUCUACUACGGCAAUCCUUCCAUUUUAACUGACCCAUACCAUACAACUAGCAAUAGCAACAGCAGCAGCAACAACAACAACAACAGCAACAACAACAACAGCGCUGAACAGAAUGCCGAAAACAAAAAAGAGAUAAAGACAAGUGGUGCCAUCAAGACUCAAGGUGCUACAAGAGCCAACGGCAGCAACAAGAGCAAGACUAAUAGCAAUAAACAGUCAAAGAACCACAAGAGCUCUUCCCCAUCAUCAAUACCACCUCCUUCUUCUCAAAAACAGCAACAACAGGAGCAACAGCAACAGCAACAGCAACAACAACAGCAACAAAUCAACAAGACAUUCCAACUGCAUACUGAUGACGAAUACCCAACCGACUUGGUCAACAGCACAAUUGGCCUUUCAAACAAAAUCACCCAGUUGCUCAACUCCAAAGACUUGAAAAUCGAUAUUGUAAACUCUGAGAAAUUGAUCAACUCAUCCAUCAUUGUGUACACAAUCCUGCUCGUAUCGGAAAAGAUUGAUAGCAAAAUAGUCGUCAAGCGAAGAUAUAGCGAGUUCAAAUCAUUGCGAGAUAACCUUAUCCGGCUCUUCCCUACAUUGAUUAUACCACCUAUCCCUGAAAAACAUUCCAUAUUGAGCUAUUUGUUGACAACAAUAAACACCGAUAACGAAUCAAACAUAAUCGAGAUGAGAAAACGGUACUUUAAAUUGUUCUUGGACGAUAUUGUAUUUGACUCAAAUGAGUUGUUGAAAAAUUGUCCAUUGGUUCACAAGUUCUUGGACCCAAACUAUGAAUUAUGCUGGUACAAUGCAUUGAAUGAACCGCCGAUAAACGUUUUGCCAAACAACUUACUCUUGGCCAACCCAGUGAACCCGGCAGAUCAAAAUGGACUAUACUCCAUUUUGCCCAUUGUUAACGGCUUUGAUAUUAGCACCAGUAAGCAUGACAACUUGUCCAACUUGAAGAAAAUCAAUGACGAGUUAUACAAACUAAAUGACCAGAUCAAGUUAUUUGAACUCAGAGGCUUUGAACAAGACCUCAAGUUCAACAUUCCCGAUGAAAUGAUCACUUUUGAACAACGGUUCCACAAGGUCAUCAAGAGCUUAUCGCAUUUGAACAAAAUUGAUUUAAAAACAACAAAGGAUUACAAAGGAUUGAUCAACAUUUUGAUUGAUCUUGGUGGCAACCUCAACAAUUUCUCGUUGCAGAUAUACCAACAAAAGAAACACGACUUGGAUAUCGAUGAAACCGAAAAUGUUUCAAAUCAAGAACAAUCACAUAACGACUUAUCCGAGACAAUUGAGAAAUUUGGUUCAACAAUGGAUCAAUCUUUUCUCAACUUUGAAAACUUUGUGUUUAAUCAAUUGAUUCCACAAUGGCAGGAACCAGUGAAUCAAAUAUUGCAGUAUAACCAAACGGCAUUGAACUUGAUCAAAUUUUACAAAUACAAGAUUAUUCAAUUCAAAGUGCUUUACAAAUUAAAGUUUAACAAGUUCCAACAAUUGGUCAAUUUAAAUAGCAUCACUGGUGGUGGUAACUUGAGUAGCUUGAGUAGCUUGAGUAGUUUGCAUGGGUCAGGUAGUAAUGGCGUUAGUGGCGGAAAUGGCAAUGGAGAAACGCUCCAAGCAUCGACUAGUGCAAGUAGUUUCACAUCUGCGAAAACAGACGAAGAAGAAGAUGCUGUUGUCAUCAACUCGCUAGACCAUCUCAAGGAGCUUAACAGCCCCACAUUGAACAAUGCAUUAAAGAACAUUUCACUUAAAAAAGUUGCCAAGAAAUCAUCAUGGUAUGGGUUAUUUGGCGGAAACAACCAGCCAAAGAAGUUUAAUUUCCAAUUACCAGUAGAUGAGUCUAGUCGCCCCUCGUCCAAUUCUUCACCUAUGCUUGGUCAUACACAAAACCCUACGGCAUCAAUCAAAUUCAAAUUGGCACAUUUGGAGAAGGAAUUAAACAAGAUCAACCAACUUAUCGAACUAUGCAAUGAUGACAUGAUGCUGUUGACACAAGCAAUAAUGGAUACAUUUAAUGAAUUUAUGCGGAAAAUGGAAAAGAAAUGGUUAACAAUAAUGAUAAAUUAUUUAAAGAAUGGUAAGGCAUUGUUUGAAGAGAAUUUGACAAAUUGGAAACAUUUUAGAGAAAGUUUUGAAGAAGUGAUUACAUAG